GCAAGCGCCACCUGAGCUUCCAAAAUGCCGCCACCGGGAUUCAUGGACGAUGAGGUUGCAAGACUGGUGGAGGAGUUCGAAAAGUCCCAAGGUCGAGAUUUGGGAAUGGGUCGAGCGGAGAAGGAGAUCCCUAAGAAACAGCUCACAGAAGAGCAAACAAAGGCGUUGCUAUCUGAGCUGAACCACAAACAGCGAGAGGAGCUUUGCCAAGUGCUCAAGGCUCAACAAGAUGGAGAGAAGGACAUCAGGCUCUCUCCUGAGCUGGCGCGAAUCUUGCAGAGGUUCCAGCGUCGGGCUGGCCUGGGACCUGGAGGUCCCAUGAACAGUGGCGAGGAGACUUGGCCCAUGUAUCUUGGCAUCGUUCUGUUCAUUGUCAUCGCCGUUGUCUUUGUGUACAUCUACUUCCAGGAGCAGAGAGCUAGUGAAGAAGAAGAAAGAUUCCAUGAGGAGGACGCAUUCUGGCUAUUUCGUGAAUUUGGAUGACAUGACAGAUAAUUUCAAAUAAACAAUUAUAUGACAAUUUGAAGUAUUGAAUUAUAUGGAAUCUAUGGAUUUCUUAGUCAGAAUGAAAA